AUGUCACCAAUCGCCGUCCCCGUCGUGCGAUCCUCGGCAGUCCCCUUCACUUCGCGCAUUGCCCCUCUCUUCCGCGUUCGCCUCCACAAUCCCCCGCUCAAUCCCACUUUCCGCCUUCCCUCCUCUGCCCGUAUAGGUUUCCGCGGGCGGCAGUCCUUUCCUCGUAUCCCUCAAGCCUCCACCGCUUCUCGCGUGGGCGCCCUUCGCAUUUCCCCACCCGCUCCCUUUGGCGCAAUCCGCUCGUGGCGGACUCGCCACUCCGCACCCGCGGAAGCAGGAGGCGCAGCGGAAGCGGAAAGCGCGCCUGAAGCAGUCGCGUGUGCGGGGGAGGGAGUUGAGGGGAGGCUUUGGGAAGCAGGGGGGGAGAAGGAGGGAGCGGGUACAGGGUUCAGGGUAGACGGGGGCGGAAAGGAAAGAGUAGGUGAGAGCGGGGAAAAGACUGCGGAGGGGGUAAGCGGAGAGGAGGAAGGCGGAGAGGAGGGGGACGACGAGGAGGGGGAAGACGGGGAGGGCGGAGAGGAUUGGGAGCGAAUGGCGGCAACAGAGGAGUCAGUGGGCAUAUGCUGCUAUGCCAACGACCUGCCCGGCAUUCACGGCGUGCUGAAACAGAGCCAUGGUACAGUGGUGCAUCUGACGCACCUGCACGUGCCCCCCGCGCUUCUGGCGCAGGAUCAGCAGGCACGCAGGCGCAGUACAUCCAGCCCCCCUUGCUCCCCUCCCAUGCCCACCUCCCCAUGCCUUCCUCCCCAGGAGCAGCACAUCCAGCCAGCCCCCUCUGCUUCCCCCCUCCCCCCUCCCCAUGCUCCCCACAGGUUCGCGGAUUUCAUAGUGAAUGAAGUAGCACCGGAUGGUACGGUGGUGCAUCUGACCCACCUGCACGUGCCCCCUGCGCUGCUGGCGCAGGAGCAGCAGGCGCAGCAGCAGGCGCGCAGGCGCGAGGCGGAGAGCCUGGGGGAGCUCGUGGACGCGCAGGGGGUGCUGGCGCAGCUGCGCCAGGCGCUGGGGGGGAGCGCGGAGGGGGAAGGGGGAGGGGGAGGGGGGUUGCGCGAUGAGGAAGAUGCGAGGAAGCUGCUGCAGCUGCUGGAAGGGAUUAGAGGCAUUCAGCUGUGGUGGAAAGAGAAGAAGGCGAAGGGAGAGGAGGGAGGCGAGGAGGGAGGAGAGGAGGGAGCUGGGGGAGAAAGGGCGCAGGAGAGUGUGCAGGGGGGGGAGGUGGGGGAAAGAGGGGAGGAGGGGAAAGGGGCUCCGCCGCCCAUGCCUGAGCCGGUGGUGUUUGCUGCCAGUGCUGACAAGGCGUACCGUGCCGCCAUGCACGCAUUCGUCAAGGCCUUCCCCUUCCUAGUCUCCAACACAACACCAUCGACGCCCUCCAGGGACCUCCCUACCGCCGUGUGCGCCUGCGCUUCCUCCCCCCACCUUUCCUGUGUCUUCUCCCCCCUCCCUUCCCCCCACCACCAGGCCAUGCACGCGUUUAUCAAGGGCUUUCCCUUCCUCGUCUCGGAUACCAUCGACGCCCCCCAGGGUCCCCCCUACCGCUGUGUGCGCCUGCGCUUCCUCCCCCCGCCCGCCCUCAACCUCAAGGGCGCAGGGGGGCGCGCAGGGGAGCGCGGAGGGCGGGGGGAUGGGGGGCAGAGGGGCGGGGAUGGGAGGGGGUGGCGGGAGGGGCGCUGGGGGGGAAAGAGAGGGGGGAGGGGCGGGAAAUGGGGGAAGCGGGGGAGGGAGGAGUGGGAGGGUGGGGAUAGGAAGAGAGGGAGGAGGGAUGGUGGUGAUGGUGAUGGGGAGGUUAGGGGGGAAGGGGGGGAUGGCGGAGAGGGGGAGGGGCGGGGGGGGGAGCAGGGGGAGGAGGAGCAGCCGGCGUUUGACAGGCGGGGGAGGAAGGGCGCGGAUGGGGUGCCUGCAACCACCGCGCGCCGCUUCCUCAUGUGCUCGACUCAAAAGUCAACACGCGCUCCAUCCAUACCAUAUCACGGGUCACGGCCCAUCCCACACUCCUCUCCCUCCUCCUUUCCCGACCUCUCUAGGUUCCACGUGUUGAAGGAGAACAAGGACACCAACGAGGCCAUGGCGCUCGUGGGGUUCCACGUGUUGAAGGAGAACAAGGACACCAACGAGGCCAUGGCGCUCGUGGGGCGCUACCUGGGCGUGCAGAGCAGGGCGCUGGGCUUCUCAGGCACCAAGGACAAGCGCGCUGUCACCGUGCAGCGGGUGACAGUGAGCAACCAGUCAGCGCGUAAGGUGGCAUCGCUCAACGCCAAGCUGUUUGGCAUCCGAGUGGGCGACUACCGCCUCGUGGACCAGCCCCUCGUGCUGGGGCAGCUGGCCGGAAACCGCUUCGUCAUCACUCUCAGGGCGGUGAGAGCGCCCAGUCUAGACGCCAUCACAGCAGCGGCGGAGGGCCUUCGCUCUCACGGCAUCAUCAACUACUUUGGCCUGCAGCGCUUUGGAGUGGUUCCGGUGGCAAAACACAUGGAAGGAGCAGAGCCAAGCUCUCGUCUGUGCAUACCUCUCAAAGCUUUUCCAGCCGCCGCAAACACCCAACUCUUGCCCUUGUCCCCCACCCCCACCGCUUCCCUUCCCUGGGAGCAGCGCUUUGGAGUGGGUCCAGUGGCAACGCACACGAGAUGGAGAUAUCCUCUUACCUUCCUCACCACGCCUCUUACCUUCCUCACCACGCCUCUUACCUUCCUCACCACGCCUCUUACCUUCCUCACCACGCCUCUUACCUUCCUCACCACGCCUCUUACCUUCCUCACCACGCCUCUUACCUUCCUCACCACGCCUCUUACCUUCCUCACCACGCCUCUUACCUUCCUCACCACGCCUCUUACCUUCCUCACCACGCCUCUUACCUUCCUCACCACGCCUCUUACCUUCCUCACCACGCCUCUUACCUUCCUCACCACGCCUCUUACCUUCCUCACCACGCCUCUUACCUUCCUCACCACGCCUCUUACCUUCCUCACCACGCCUCUUACCUUCCUCACCACGCCUCUUACCUUCCUCACCACGCCUCUUACCUUCCUCACCACGCCUCUUACCUUCCUCACCACGCCUCUUACCUUCCUCACCACGCCUCUUACCUUCCUCACCACGCCUCUUACCUUCCUCACCACGCCUCUUACCUUCCUCACCACGCCUCUUACCUUCCUCACCACGCCUCUUACCUUCCUCACCACGCCUCUUACCUUCCUCACCACGCCUCUUACCUUCCUCACCACGCCUCUUACCUUCCUCGCUUGCCUCACCUGCCUUGCUCGCCCAUGCCACACCUUGAUCGCCCUGCCUUGCCUCACCUUGCCUUGCAUUGCCUGGCCCCACGCUGAAUCUUCUGCUCCAGCCCAGAAUCAUGUGAUGCUCUGCCGUGCUGUGCUAUGCUGGCUAAAGCGCAACCCGCGCAAUCUGGUGCAGGCGCUGGGAUUCAUCCCGCGCACCAUGCGCCUCAUGUACGUGCACAGCUAUCAGAGCUAUCUGUGGAACCAUGCUGCCUCACACCGCAUCAAAACUUACGGCUCCACCCGAGUGGUGGCAGGUGACCUUGUGCUCUGCUCCCUUCCCGCUGCCACUGGCGCUGCCACGGCUGCUAGUGCUGCUGCUGCUGCUGCUGCAGCAGCAGCAGGGAGAGCAGCGGGCGUGGGGGCAGAGGGGGGCAUGAGGGGCACAGACGCAGAGGCGGAGGCCGAGGAGGCGGCAGCAGUGGCGGUGGAGGCGAGGGCGGAGGGGGAGGAGGUGAGGGUGGUCAGUGAGGAGGAGGCGCAGAGAGGCGUGUACUCCAUCGACCAAGUCGUGCUGCCGCUGCCUGGCUGUUCCAUUCAGUACCCCACCAACUCCACUGCUGAAGUCUUCCACUCUCUCGCUGCCAAGGACGGCAUAGACCUCUUCUCCAGCAAGCACAGCGUUAAGGAAUACUCCAUCGAGCGCAUCCCAGGGGGCUACAGGCGCCUGCUGCAGCGCCCCUCCGACUACAACUGCCGUUUCCCUCACCACACCUCCUCCCCUACACCCCCUCCUGCUCCCACUUCCGUAACACUUUCCCUCCCUGCGUCCCCCACUCUUGACGCCCCUGCAGUGGUGGAGGCAGCGCAUGUGUACUAUGGGUUCAAGCAGCCGGGGUACAAGGGAGCGCUCAAACAGGCGCAGAGGGGGGAAGACAAGGCAGGGGUUACUGCUGGCGGUGCUGCACUCAGUGGGGUAGAGGCAGCAACAGGAGAAGCAGGGGCAGGAGGGGAAGCAGCAGGGCCAGUGCCGGCAGUGGUGGUGUUGGCUUCAUCAGAUGGAGUGAGGCUGGGCAGAGAUGAGCUGCAGCGUUUGGGGAUUGGGGAAGGGCCCAUUGGGGCCCUGGUGGAAGGGGGUGAUGGGGAGGAGGGUGGGCCUGAGAGGGGCGAAGCUGAGGCAGGUGCGGCGACAGAGGAUGGAGAAAAAGCGGAAGGGAUAGUUGAGAGUGAGAUGGAGAACGGGAAAGAUGAGGGUGGUGAUGAGAAGGAGAAGGUAUUGCAGGGCGAACAGGACGCUGGGGCGGGAAACGGGGAGGGGAAGGGGCAAGCGGCGGGGAGGAGGGGAGAGCGAGGGGCGGAGGGAGCAGCAGAGGAGGGAGUGAGGGUGGCGCUGCAGGUGGAGUUUACUCUGCCUGCCUCGGGAUAUGCCACCAUGGCCAUCCGUGAACUGCUUAAAUCCUCCACUGCCGUGAGUGCCACCAACCAUGUGCCAUAA